AUGGACUCGUGGAAGGAUGAUCCCAGAAUUUGUAUGCAAGAUGAGCCUACAGGAGUGCCAAUCAACCGAGCCACCAGGUUUGAGAAUAAGGUGGGAUUCCUGGAUCUAGUGGCCGGUGAAUCACUGAUCAAAGAGCAGAUUUUAGAGAGAUUCUUCAUCGAUCUAGUGGCCGGUGAAUCACUGAUCAAAGAGCGAGCAACCGCCAGGUUUAAUGAUUUGGUGGGAUCUACAGAUGUAGUGGCUGGUGAACCGCUUCUUCUUCUUCCACGAAGAUUCAGACAAAACCGAGCUUGGAUGGAACUGAACAAGAUUUGGCAAACGAAUAGUCAAGCAACUGAACCUCUCGGGUGA